GAAUCAGACAUAUGUCUGUGUUGGUUAAGUUACUCCAAGUGUACUGUAAAAAACAUGCUUAUGGAGAAUACUGGACAUCCUAUUUUUGCGUUGUACAGUUAUCCUCAGCAAUCUGUAUGAAAAUUUCAGUUUUGCCUCACACUCACCCCUUUCAGUGUCUGGCAGUAGCCACACCCCAAACAUCCUAGCAGACCUAGCUAGCUCAUGUCCAAGUUCUGUGGAAUGGAAAGUAUGAUUUUUGUGGCAUUUUAACUGGCAUUCCUCCUGUCUGCCAUGACUUCAGCACAUAGGGAUACAUUGACUCUCUCCUUUCCCCUGCAAAUUUACUCACCACAAUCAUUGCCUCUACUACUGUGAUUUAUUUACACUGGCAAAUCCUCAUGUUCGCCGUUAUAAAAGUGGACUGUAUUAAUAGGAACAUGUGUGCCACCAAAGGUCCACCUCUAAAAGUGCACUGUUAACACAAAGCGUGGAAGUGGGAGGUGAUAGGAAAAGCAGGUUUCCUGUUGUUGGGGAGUCAGAACGACAGGAGAGAGUGAGAUUGAGAGAGAGGGGGCACGACAGAGGGAUACCGAGAACAACCAAAGUUAUUACAGGGUAAAAUGGGAAUAGUAGCCAUCCUAGUCAUCGUCUUGUGUAUGUGUUCACUCAGCUUUACUGAUCUGGACAGCGGCACCAAAGAUGGAGAUCCUUUCGACGCAACACCAUCUGAGAACCCAGAGACUCAGGGGAAACAGGCAAGAGAAGACUUACCGGAGGAGCAAGAGCCCAGUCCUGUCUCAGACUUUGACAACACAUACAACUAUAUUUUGUCCAGGCUGGCAGCAAUGGAUCAGGCCAUCCACAGACUGAAUGUCGGCCACUACACCCUGGACGUGAAGGUGACCCAACUGUUGGACAGAGUGUCCCGGCUGGACGGCACCCUCGGGGAGGUAGAGGAGACCAUGCAACAGAUAUCGCUCCUCACGAAAGAGAACCGCAAGGAGAUUGGCCGCUUGGAGGGCUGUCAGAAGGGCCGACGGGUGGGGUAUAAGUGCUAUCUGGUGUACCGCACAUACGAGACGUAUGCAGGGGCAGCCCAGAAGUGCCUGGAGCGGGGUGGAAGGAUGGCCAUGCCUCGGGACAGGAAGGAGCAGGAGGCCUUGGCAGACUACGUCAAGGCUUUCUUUCAGCCAGGGAACUGGCCUGUGUGGCUGGGCAUCAAUGACCUGCGCUCUGAGGGACUCUACCUGUUUGAGGACAACACACGCGUCACCUACUUCCAGUGGCGCAAGCACUUCCUCUCCAGCCAGCCGGACGGAGGCAAGCGGGAGAACUGUGUGGCCAUGGCGUCAGAUGAUGGGGACUGGUGGGACAACUAUUGUGACAGGAAUAUGUCUUACCUCUGUGAGUUUGAUGCCUAAUCCUUUUCUUCAAACUUUUGACAAGUAUCUGACAUUUCAGAAACACAAAUCCAGCCAAGCUUGACGAAAAUGUACCUAGUAGAUAAUCUACUAUGAGUAGUUGUCUAUCUUGUUAUAUAGUAAAAUCUUUUGUUUUUUUGUUUGUUUGUUUAAAAAGCAAUAGGGGAUGUCAUUGAUCCACAAAGAAGUGGGUUGUAAUCUAUAUAUCAUACUGUUCAAUACUCAAGAACAUUUUAGUUUACUAGCUGAUGGUGCUUGUGUUGAAUAAUAAUCCAUAACACAUUUAACAUACUGUUAAAAAAAAGAAAACAGUAUCAAACCCAUGGCCUAACAUACUGCACAGACAGACAGUGGUCAUCUUAGUCCACACUGAAAAAAUAAAUAUAUAUGUAAUUUAUUACUCACUCUAAGCUACGCAAAUGUCUUUGGCUGAAUACGGAAUACUUUGGAUGGAAUAUUUAAUCUAAAAUUGGAUUAGCAAAAUAUUUAUUCAGUUUAUCAUGAUUAAAAGCAUACAAUGUUAUUACUGUACUUUUUCACAGUUAAUGUAAACAGAAUAGUUCCAGGACAAAUAUUGGCCAAUAAAAUAUUUGAAAAUGCUCGGUCACAGUAUCAUGAUCAGAUUUGUUUUACUCAUAAAGUCAGUGAUUAUCCUUAAAGGGGCAGUGCAGUCAAAAACGUGAUUUCCAGUGUUUUUUUACACAGUGUACAAAACAUUAAGAACACUGUCCUAAUAUUGAGUUAAACUCAAUUGUCU